CUCGGCAAACUUAAUGCCGGAGCUGCGAUGCCGAGGGGUGGAGUUGGGCGAUUCUGCCUGCCGGAGUCACAUGCACCUGCCUGAGCGCCCAGCACCGUCGCCCGAGCGGAGCCCGCCCGGCUGCUGCAGUGGCUGCUGGCAGGAAGCUCGGCGCGCCGAGAGGACGCAGGCGGGCACGAGCGGUGGUGCUCCAGGGGAGCCUGCCAUGACGCGUCUGCGGCUCCUGUUUCUCGUCCUCUGCCCAGUCCCCGGGCUGUGCCUGGGAGAACGGAGCAGCAGCAGCGCCAUGGAGGAGAUCACCACGGAGAAAGAAGCGGAGGAGAGCCACCGGCAAGACAGCGUGAGCCUCCUGACGUUCAUUCUUCUCCUCACCCUGACUAUUCUCACCAUCUGGCUUUUCAAGCAUCGCCGGGUCCGCUUCCUCCAUGAGACCGGCCUGGCCAUGAUCUACGGGUUGAUUGUUGGAGUAAUCUUGAGAUAUGGUAUACCUCCUGCCAGUGGUCAUGACAAACCUUUCAGCUGUUCUCAGGAAGACAGGGCUUAUUCCACUCUGUUGGUCAACAUCAGUGGGAAGUUCUUUGAAUAUACUUUAAAAGGAGAAAUAAGCCCUGGAAAAAUACACAAUGUGGAACAGAAUGAUAUACUGCGAAAAGUAACUUUUGACCCAGAAGUAUUCUUCAACAUCCUUUUGCCUCCCAUUAUUUUCCAUGCUGGCUACAGUUUAAAGAAAAGGCACUUUUUCAGAAAUCUUGGAUCAAUUUUAACUUAUGCUUUCUUGGGAACUGCAGUCUCUUGUUUCAUUAUUGGGAAUCUCAUGUAUGGUGUGGUAAAACUAAUGAAGCUGGUGGGACAGCUUUCUGAUAAAUUCUACUACACUGAUUGCCUUUUAUUUGGAGCCAUAAUAUCUGCUACUGAUCCAGUCACUGUCCUGGCAAUUUUUAAUGAACUUCAUGCUGAUGUUGAUUUAUAUGCACUGCUGUUUGGAGAAAGUGUUCUAAAUGAUGCUGUUGCUAUUGUAUUAUCUUCUUCUAUUGUAGCAUAUCAACCCACUGGGGAAAAUGCCCAUGCCUUUGAUGCAGCAGCCUUUUUUAAAUGUGUGGGCGUCUUUCUUGGAAUCUUCAGUGGUUCUUUCAUGAUGGGAGUAGUGACUGGAAUUGUGACAGCUCUUGUGACAAAGUUUACCAAACUACACUGCUUUCCCUUGCUGGAGACAGCCCUUUUUUUCCUGAUGUCUUGGAGUACAUUCUUGUUGGCUGAAGCUUGUGGUUUUACAGGGGUAGUAUCUGUUCUUUUCUGUGGUAUAACACAAGCUCAUUACACAUACAAUAAUCUAUCUGUUGAAUCAAGAAGCCGAACCAAGCAGCUCUUUGAAGUUCUGCAUUUCCUGGCUGAGAAUUUCAUAUUUUCUUAUAUGGGCUUAGCUUUGUUUACUUUCCAGAAACAUGUUUUCAGCCCUGUUUUCAUAAUUGGAGCUUUUCUAGCGGUUUUCCUGGGACGAGCUGCACACAUCUAUCCACUCUCUUUCUUCCUGAAUUUGGGUAGAAGGCACAAGAUCUCCUGGAAUUUUCAACAUAUGAUGAUGUUUUCCGGUCUUCGUGGAGCCAUGGCAUUUGCUCUUUCCAUCCGAGACACUGCAACUUAUGCUCAUCAGAUGAUGUUCACUACAACCCUACUUAUUGUCUUUUUUACUGUCUGGAUCGUUGGUGGAGGGACAACACCCAUGCUGUCAUGGCUAAAUAUAAGAGUCGGUGAAUAUAUUCCAUCGGUGGAAGAGAUGAAUGAAAGCCGUUGGCUGUAUUUCAGGAUGGUCCAGAUGCUGAACGAAGGAAUCGGACAAAACAGGAAAGUGCAUGGAUCUUCAGGCUUUGGUACAGCUUUGACCACAAAUACCUCAAGCCCAUUUUGACCCACAGUGGUCCACCUCUCACAACAACUCUUCCAGGUUGGUGUGGAUUGAUAGCUCGUUGUUUAACUAGUCCCCAGGUUUAUGAGAACCAAGAACAGCUUAGAGACGAAGAUUCUGAUUUUAUCUUGAAUGACAGUGACUUGACACUGACCUACGGAGACACAACAAUAACUGCUAAUGGCUCCUCUAGUUCCCAUGGUGCUGUUAUCAACCUGGAUGGCAGGAAGGCAAAGAGUAGCUCUGAAGAAGCCUUGGAAAGUGAUCUGGGAACAGAAGCACCUGAGGUGAUGAGCAGAGGAACUCGGCUCGUGUUUCCGAUGGAUGCAUGAAGACUGCUUGGCAUAUGGAGCAGUAAAGGAUAGGUCCAGUGCCCCCAAAUCCACACUAUCUGCAGGCCAGUUGUAAGUGGAGACACUUAUCGAGUAAAUUAAUGUCCCUUGUACAAUGUAAGUUUUUUUAAAGUCUCAAGAUCUCAAGAUGUCCUUGCCACCACCCCCCCACUCCUGUGUCUUUCUAAAAAAAAACCAAAAAAAUGAGAUGCUGAGAAUUUCUAAAAUGGAAAAUGUCUAAGGUUGUCAUAUUAAGGGAAAAACACAACCUUGAAAUGAAAAGCUAAAUGUCAUAGUUCCUCUAAUUCUAUGCACUGUGGGGAUAUUAACCGUCCCGGCGGCUAAAAUAUUUCUGACCCACGGAAGGCCUUUUCAUCAGAAGUCUUUGGUCACUUUUGUCAGGGACAAAAGAUGCAGUGUUGACUUAUACUCGAGAAAAAAGUAGUUGGAAAAAAGGAUGAAAUUUCCAUAUGAACAUUUUCCUGGACUUGUUGGGAAAAAAAAGGAAGAAAAAAGUCCCUUCUCAUUUCAAGAACAUUUGUAUUAGUAAAGUUUGACAUUAAAUUAUUCUGUAUCUGACAAGGAAAGGAGAAAUAUAAAUAUAUAUAUAUAUAUAUAUAUAUAUUUGGACAACUUUUUGAGACUUUCAGUGUGAGUCCUGUGGUUGCAUCACAAGCUGAGCUGUUGCUGUCUAAAAUACAUGUUUUUUGCAUUGUGCCCUUAAUAUUCUCCAGUAGACAUCUGUAGACAGUAACACUCUUCUAUUACAAAUGUGAAGAAUAUUGAAUGGGUCUAGUGAAGUUACAAACUGCUGUACAAUUGCCCAAGAAGUAUUGAUAGAAUCUGUCUCAGGCUAUUGUAAUCUUUCCCAGGCCGAUGUCUUCCAGAUGUGUUAAACUACCGUUAUUAACAUCCCCAAUCAGCAUGGCCAAGCUAGAGAUCAUCGGAUAAAAGCCAUUUAUUUGGACUUAAGCAGUGUAUCUUUUGUUUAACAGGAGAAGACUACUGUAAACUGUACCUGUUUCUCUGAUGUUUGCAUCAGAACAAAAGGUGUAAUCGUAAUCAGUUAGAAAGACAGUGUUGGUGUGUUUGUUAGUGGCAUAUGGCACUAUGAUCCUGAUGUUUAAAAAUGGUACAGUGCCUUUUAUGUAAUAAAGAGUAUCAUGUUGUGACCGAAAUAGGGAGACCUUGUCUAAGGCAAUGUUUCUCAACCUUGGCAACUUUAAAAUGUGUGGAUUUCAACUCCUAGAAUUUCCAAGGAAUUAAUAUUGCCAAGGUAAUAUUAAUAUUACCAAGGUUGAGAAAUGCUGGCCUAAGAUACAGCAGUGCUCAUUUGCAAAUAAGGCAUAUGCAAUUCUAAUUAUAAAAGAGCAUCUGCUUUCCAUGGUGUAAUUUGGCAACUCUCUACAGCUUUCUUUGUCAGGAGGUUAGCUGUUAAAAAGCAAGUUUAAUAAUACUGUAGCGUAAUAAUUCAACUCUUGGGCACUAUUUUAAUGGGCUGCCCUAUAAUUUAAAAAUGCUUAGGAAAAUAAAAUAUGCUCUGGCGUUCUUGUUUUUUCUUUCUGAGUACAUUUUUAAUUGCUGUUUCAUUUUUAGUCUGUUUGUGAAAUGAAAACUACAUUUGAACCUACCUAUGUAAUAAAGUCUGUUACUUUACCAUGA